GGGAAGGGGAGAGAGAGAGAGAGAAUUCGCAAACAUUAAACAUUAGACUCUAAGUGAAAAUGUGAUAAUUGUGAAAUAAAGUCAAAUAUUAAAAUAUCUCUUUACACUGGGCUAAAAAAUCUGCAUUCCAAGUGGGACAGGUCAGUUCAUAGCUGUCGGUUAGUCGAGGCCGCCCUCCGCGCCUCCUCUCCGCCUUCAGUCCUUAGUCCAGCCUUCUCCUAGAUAUGUAAAUUGGCCUCUGUACACUCCAAACAGCAAUGUUUAAUAUUGACAUGGAAGUCAGGGCACCCAGGUAUUGGUGUUAUUUAGUGAUUUUUUUGUGAUAUUGAAGUGAAAAUGGCCAGUUGGCUACCAGGGGGAAAGGGAGGAGGGGAUACCAAAUCCCUCCCGUCUAAACCAAAGAAACGUGAACGAUGGCUGGUCACAAGAAAAACCUGGCGAUACAUGGCCGAUGCCGGCAAGUUACUGAUUCCAGAGGCUUUACGGAAAGGAAAGGACUAUAAGGAUUUCACUGAAGAUGAUCUAAGACUGCUUGAAGAACAUUACCAUGAUGUUUGUGAAAAAGAAAAUGAGUUUGUUAUAUGGGAAGGACCAGUGGAAGAUCCACGAGUUUUGCUUGCUAAGAACCGCAAAGCGCCCUCCCAGUCCUCAGACCAGGCCGAUAGUCUGGAACAUUCUGAGGACUCAUUGGACUAUCGGUUUGAGUCCCAUACAGCAAAGUUCCGAAUAGUUCUUCCAACUGGUGAUAAACCUCCCCCAGGAUAUGUCCAGGAUGCUGAUUGGUCUUUCAGUGACAGUUCUCCACUUGAUAGCGGGAUACUGUCUCCUUCAGGGGACUUCCUUCUCUCACCCCGGGACCAUAGUCCCAGUUCUGAUGAUGAGUACAAGCGAGAUCUCCCUGCUCGAGAAUCAGGCAUAGGUAGUGGGUUGGACACCAUCUCUUUUAGUACUAAACGAAAUAUUUGCAUUCAAACUGAUCAUUUACCUCUUGAGUUUUUUGAAUUACAAGCCAAGGAAGACGCACGAUUGAAGGUUGAGAGUCAGGAUGAAGAUGAUAAAAUUGCCCAAGAAACAACCGCUCUGGCCAAACGUGAAUCUCGUCGAACAAGUGAAGAUUAUGAUCCCGCCACAAUGGGUGAAACUGUAAUGAGAUAUUUGAAAAUGGUCAGAAGAAACUCUAAAUCUGUUGACCAAAAAAAGGCAGAGCGGUUUCGUAGCAUGAACUAUGAUCCAACCCUACGAAACAUUAAGUCCAAAAAUAUAAAUUUACCAAACGAAGUGUUGUCUCUCAAACAUGAAUAUGCACAAUGCGAAGAGUCUUUCAUUAGACUUCUAAAACUUUGUCAAACCCCGGUUGAACCACCAAUUCCUACUCUUCCUAAACCUAAGCGAAAAUUCUCUCUCUCCCCCAGUCAAACUGACAGGGUUUUUUCUCCUCUAAGUCCUCGCUAUUCUAUAUCUAUAGCUGAUGAGUCCAUACCCCCAGAACUGGAACGGGACUUCUUUACUCAUCUCUACACGGGAGAAACAGCUGCAUUGGAUGCAGCAGCUGUUCCAGAAGAUUAUUAUACUUAUCUUGAGGGCUGGUACAGGUCCCAAGUGAAAGGACCUGUAGCAGCUGCAAAGACAGGUUCCAUUCCUUCUCUAAAUCCAGUAGGCUCUGUACCAACAGCGUUCCCAUUUUCAUUGGUGGCCCCGCCCACAACAGUUCCAACAGCAACUAGUCAAGGCGGGUCAGUGAGUACAGUAGCGGGGCAGGUCAGCUCCCCUGGUCUCUAUAUACCUGUCUCAACCCUUCAGAGUUUGCGAUCUAGUCUGCCAGGGCAACUUCAACAUAUAGGUGAGAUUUAA